CUACACUGACCUAAAUAUAGACAACUAAAUAUUCGAGACUAGAACCUCCGGCAAUCCGUCGCCCAAAGAAGAAAGAGAUGCUGAGAUUCGCUUCAAAGAGGCUGCUAGGCCUGGCGCCGGGCGAGGGUCAGUCGAUGUCGCGACCGGUCCUGGCGGCGCUGCCAAGAUUCUAUCAUGAGAACGUGAUUGAUCACUACAACAAUCCGCGAAACGUCGGUUCGUUUGACAAGAACGAUCCAACGGUAGGCACUGGCCUUGUAGGUGCGCCGGCUUGUGGCGAUGUGAUGAAGCUUCAGAUUAAGGUCGAUGACAAGACUGGGCAGAUCGUCGACGCUUGUUUCAAGACCUUCGGUUGUGGCUCCGCAAUUGCUUCGUCAUCUGUUGCUACUGAAUGGGUGAAAGGGAAGCAAAUGCAGGAGGUCUUGACCAUUAAAAACACGGAGAUAGCAAAACAUCUUUCUCUACCUCCAGUUAAGCUCCACUGCAGCAUGCUGGCGGAAGAUGCUAUCAAGGCAGCAGUAAAAGAUUAUGAAGCUAAACACAGCAAAUCAAGUGCCAGUCCAGAGGCAGCUCAGUUUGAGAAGGCUGCUGAUGCUUAAAUUAUGUCUAUGUUGACGAAAAUAUCCAGAACUAAAUGUUAAUUUUCUACUUAUCUGGUGGCUGUAAUCUGAAGGUUCCCAUGUGGUUGUUAUGAUAUCAGAAUAUUUUGGAACUCUUAAUAUGAACCAUGCAUAGAAAGGAUGUUGCAGCUUGAGGGACAACACUCCUGAAUGUUGUGGAUGAAUGGCGACGGAUGUAAGGCUACUGGUUAUUAGUUGGAACUUUAUAUGAAUAAAUGUUACAC